GUGGGAAGAAGACACAAGGCGAAGACACAGUUGGUCAAUUUGGAGAAAAAAGCAUCCAAGUGCAUUCAAUUCUCAUCUUGUCUUCUUCGUAAACCUUCAAAACUUAUGCUUUAAGUCUUAACCACUCUUCCCCCAAUUCCAAACCCAACUUUCGUUUCUUUUUUUCAUCCUCAAUCCUCAAUCCUCAUUACCCAAUUCCCAUUUCUUCCUUAUCAAUUUCGAUCCUUAUUAAACCUCACCCACUAUGGUUUCUCUCAAUUUCUCCUUUUCUUUUCACUAAAACCGGAUUUUCCUAUUUGUUUUUUAGAUGAAGCGAGUUGUUCCAGAUGGGGUUGGGGAUCGGAAGAUGGGGAAGAAACCUAAGGCGGAAACCCAAGAUUUUACCCGCGGAGGUGGAGGAGAAGACUGCUCCGACAAGACUGGAUUUAUGAAUUUGGAUGAUAAUUUGUUGUUUGAGGUUUUUAAACAUGUGGAUGCUAGGACUUUGGCUAUGGCGGCCUGUGUGAGCAAGCAAUGGCAUAAAACCGCCGAAGAUGAGCGGCUUUGGGAGCUGAUCUGCACCAGACACUGGGCUAACACCGGCUGCGGCAACCAACAACUCCGAUCUGUAGUUCUCGCCCUCGGCGGCUUCCGUCGACUUCACUCCCUCUUCAUCUGGCCUCUUACCAAGCCCCAAUCCUCCUCCUCCUCUUCCUCCUCCUCCUCUUCCUCCUCAUCUUCAUCCGCAUCCUCUUCCUCGUCCGCAUCUUGGUCUCCGUUUCCGGCAAUGAUUGGAUCGAAACCGCCGGCCCGGUGGGGGAAAGAUGAGGUCCAUCUCUCACUUUCCCUUCUCUCAAUUCGUUACUACGAGAAGAUGAAUUUCAGCAACAGAGGCAGAUGAGUGGCUUGGCUUCCAUAUUCAGUCCAUUUAACCAUUUUCCUUUCAAAUUUGGCAAUUGAAAUUUCCCUUUCAAUGUGUUUUGGAUUUGAUCUGGGGUUUGUUCUUUCCUUUUUUUUUUUCUUUCUUUUUUCUCUUUCCUUUUGUUUAUUUAGAUCUGUAUCUGAUUUGGGUGUGUACUUUAUAAAGCAACAUAAAUUAAAUCUCUAACUUUGUUUAUCUA